ACCUGUGAUGAUUUUUUCAGUGGAUGGAGGACCGGAUGAAAAUCCACGCUAUAAAAAGGUCAUAUCUCACUGUAUAUCACACUUUAAAGAGUACGAUUUGGACGGGCUGUUUAUGUUUACGAAUGCACCCGGUCGAUCGGCUUACAACCGAGUUGAGCGAAGGAUGGCGCCAUUGAGCCGUGAUCUAGCCACGGUAGUACUUCCUUAUGAGCACUACGGGUCCCAUCUCGAUUCUCAAGGGAAAACCAUCGAUAAUGAGCUAGAAUUGAAAAACUUUCAGCAUGCAGGCGAAACAUUAGCUGAGAUUUGGUCCCAGGUGGUUAUUGACGGCCACAACGUGAUAGCAGAAUAUGUGCCUCCUGGAGAAGUCCUUCCGGAACCUACACAAGUUUCUGACAUCUGGUAUGGGAAUCACGUUCGUGAAAGUCAAUACUUUCUUCAAAUAAUUAAGUGUGCCGAUGAUUCCUGCUGUGCUCCUCGCGGAAGGGCACUAAAUAAUAUUCUGUACCAAGGCUUUUUGCCGGCACCUUUCCCGAUGUCACAAAACCCUUUCGGUAUACCAAGCCCAGAUGAAGUCAGAUCGGAAAUUUUUCCAUCAUUGCUUGUUCGGCAAUGUAUAACACUACGUCCGGAUCUCUCACAGGGUAGAGAAAUACCCUACGAUACAUACUGCCCAUCUAUUAAAGCCGACAUCACCGGAAGGACGUGCUCAAUUUGUGGACUUUAUUUUGCCUCAAAAAUUUCUAUGAACAACCAUCGAAAAAACGUGCAUGGUGGUGCGGUGGAUGACGUGUCUCGCGUGCGACCUCUGCGGGUUCUCUCCAGGAGACCACAGGAGGCCUUGUGUGUCAUAAAGGAAAGCGUGGAGUGGAUAGAUGUCGAGGCUGUCAAUGAAGAGAUAAUAAUCACGUCUGAGGAAACUCCCGAUGUUACCGCCCCCGUGAUAUACGAUGUAUCCGAGUGGAUUGAUGCUGGGAAGGUGUUUGUUGAAAAUGAUUGA